UUUAUUUGGCCAAACGGUGGUGGAUAUUAACUAUAGUCCACUAACUUGUCGAAUUUAGAUUAAGGUAUAGGUAACUUGUUUUCUCGAGCGGCCGCCUCCUUUACUCUCUCCCUUCCUGCGACUCCAUUGCCCGCCUAAGCUUUGGAGGGAAAAACACCAGAACCUUUGAAAGAGGGAAAACAUGAGUUUGAUAUCUCAAAACCCAGUGUCUAGAAACAAGGUGAAGGUUAAAAGGGAUGAUGAAGUGGUUUCGAUUAAUGAAGAUACAAAUGACACUGAGAAUGGGUUAGAAUCUGAUUCUGAAAUCUCUAAGUUGAAAAAGAGAAAGAAAGAAAAAGAAAAACAGAUUGAGGUUGAGCAGGAGACAGAAAUGAAAAAGCUUGAAAGUUUUCUUUUCGGGUCGAUUUAUUCCCCCCUUGAAUUUGGUAAACAAGUGGAGGAAAAAGCUCACGAUGUUGUUGCUGAAGACGGUUCUGCUUUGUUCUUCUUGGACAGUUCCACGAACGAUGUGGAAUUGUCCGAGGAAAGUGAUUAUGAACAGAAGACUUGUAAGGAAAGGAAAGCCGUUUGGGUGGAUGAGGAGGAGGAAAGAACCGUGAUAAACAUAGCUAAGGUCAAUAGGUUGAGGAAGUUGAGGAAAGAAGAGGAUGAGAGUGUGGUUUCUGGUUCAGAGUAUGUCUCGAGAUUGAGGGCUCAACAUGCUAAGCUGAACCCUGAGACAGAAUGGGCCAAGCUAGAUUCAGGGUUAAGGAACGAUCAUGGUUAUGAUGAUGAAUCAUCUGACGAAGAAAAGGGUGUAGUGGCAGCUUCUGGUUAUGGAAACGGUGAAGUUGUUGAUGAUAUUCUUAGAACAAAUGAAGAUCUUGUGGUGAAGAGUAGGGUUAAAUUGUUGCCGGGGCUUCUUGAGUAUUCGAGACUCGUGGAUGCAAAUGCUGAGGAACCUUCCAAUGGCCCAAUAAAUUCAGUUCAGUUCCACAGGAAUGCACAGUUACUACUUGCUGCUGGAUUGGAUCGGAGGAUCAGGUUUUUCCAGAUUGAUGGUAAACGGAAUACCAAAAUACAAAGUGUUUUUCUUGAAGAUUGUCCGAUUCGUAAGGCAUCUUUCUUGCCUGAUGGUUCCCAGGUUAUUAUAGCAGGGAGGAGGAAGUUCUUCUACUGUUUUGAUUUAGUGAAAGCAAAAGUCGAUAAAAUAGGACCACUGGUUGGUAGGGAGGAAAAAAGCUUGGAAGUUUUUGAGAUUUCCCCCGAUUCUAGCACGAUUGCGUUUUUGGGAAAUGAAGGUUAUAUCUUGUUGGUUUCAUCCAAAACAAAGGAGCUGAUUGGAACACUUAAGAUGAACGGAACAGUCCGCUCUCUAGCUUUUGCUGAUAAUGGGAACCAAUUAUUGAGCUCUGGCGGGGAUGGAGAAGUCUACCAUUGGGACUUGAGAACUAGAACAUGCAUCCAUAAGGCCGCUGAUGAAGGCUGCAUUAAUGGUACGGCUCUUUGUACAUCACCGAAUGGAAGAAUGUUUGCAGCUGGUUCUGAUAGCGGGAUAGUGAACAUUUACAAUAGGGAUGAAUUUUUGGGAGGUAAAAGGAAACCAAUCAAGACUGUCGAGAAUCUAACCACCAAAGUCGAUUUUAUGAAGUUUAAUAGUGAUGCUCAAAUACUAGCUAUCUGUUCUACCAUGAAGAAAAACAGUUUAAAACUGAUGCAUGUCCCAUCAUUUACAGUCUACUCUAAUUGGCCUCCACUGAAUAAGAACUUACAGUAUCCCCGCUGUCUGGAUUUCAGUCCUGGUGGUGGUUUCAUGGCUGUUGGAAACGCCGCCGGCAAAGUGCUACUAUACAAAUUGCAUCACUACAAUCAUGCAUAGAGUGGAUCUUUACCCCUCUAAACUUGUUUGAAGCAUCAUGUACUCAUGUAAGGUGAGUUCAUUCAGCUGCAAUAUAGUUUCAAUCGUCACCAUAUCUGGUGGGUGAACAACCUUUCUUUUCUUUCAUUCGAUCUUUUGGUUUUUGCCUUUACUUAUAAGCAAUGAUCAAAGAGCUUAAGUUUUGGAUACAGUAGCUUCAAACACGUUCCUAGUAUGCGAACUUUUUGGUGGUUCUAGUUUUUUUCUGAUCUCUGUUGUAAUUUCGCUUAGUGAUAUCUUAUUUAACAAUUUUGCCUUGCUUUAUUGAUAUUUGGAGACUACUCUUUUUGUUUUUUUAUCA